UAAACCAGGGUUCUGUGAGCUGCUGUUGUUGUCUCUUGUUUUGAAGCCUUCUGCACUGGCCCCCUUCGCCCUGCUUUCUCUCUCUUCUUCCUCACCUCACCUCUCCUCUCUCGCUCUUUGCCCAGAGUGGGACACCUGGACAGCCCGUCCUACGACCAGCAUCGCCGCAGGAAGUCACAGAGGCAGAGACCAUGCUUACGUUUGUGGCGCUGGCGUUGGUCUUGUUCCUGGGGAUAGGGCCCCAGCCGUCCCAGUCCAUAACCAUCUAUACGGGCUGGGAGCGCCACGCCCUGGUGGGCUCAGACAUCCGCCUGUCCUGCUCCUUCUUCUCCUGGCACUGGACAUCCGAUGACGUCACCUUCUCCUGGAGCUACCGGGCCGACGGCUCACGGGACAGCAUCUCUGUGUUCCACUACACGGGCGGGGUGGCCUACCUGGACAACAAGGGCCCCUUCAGGGACCGGCUGGAGUUUGUGGGUAACCCAGCUCGCCGUGACGGGUCCAUCAUGAUCAAGGGCGUGGACUUCGGUGACAACGGAACCUUCACCUGCGACGCCAAGAACCCACCCGACAUAGUGGGCCGGCCCUCCGCUGUCCGGCUGCUGGUGUUUGAGAAGGUGCCCAUCCAAGCGGGGGUGAUCACGGGGGCCAUCAUCGGAGCCGUGCUGGGACUGCUGGUGCUCAUCGUGGUCAUCUACUACCUCAUGAGGUUCCUGGUGGCGCGCAGGGUCUUCAACCUCAGCGUCAGCAAACAUGGGAAGAAAAAGGGGAAAGAGGGAUCGCAGCCGAGACAGGGCCCUGCGCUCUCCUUGGACCCCUCCAAGUUGAAGGCAGCCUCCACUGAAAAGAAGAAACAGGAAUCCCGCAAGGAUAAGAAAUAGGAUGAGGGUGGCAGAGAGCUAGCGAGCAGAGCCCAUCAACAGCACCUCCCCACCACCACCACAACGACAACAACAGCCCAGACCAAACACCAACAAGCACUAAAACAGGGGGCGGGCGGGACAGAGACAGGGGGGGGAGGGGCUUCCCCCAAGGGGCCUGAGCGGGUGCUGAUGACCAUAGAACUGGAGCUGGAGCGAGGGAGCACAGGGGGGAAGGGGUCAGAAUCAUCCGGUAGCUUUCUGUCACUGUCCAGGCUUGCCAAAAAACUCACGUUCAAAUAAAUAGAUUGGGGUGGUGUUGGUAUGGGGAGGGGGGGUAUACAAGAGGCGGAAGGUGUUUAGAGAACGCUAAUCAUUCAGAGAUGGGGGCUGCAAGAUCCCAAGUGAUCUAGCAAUACCAGACAGCACUCGAUCAAUAGUCCUUUUCCAAGACCAGGUCUCCAAGGAUUCCUGACCGUCCCCCGUGAUAAGCAUGUUUAGAAAACACGUCUGGGGUCGGAAAAAGAUGAUAACUCAAUCAAUUAAAACAAACCGAAAAGAAAUGAAAGAAAACUCUCAGUCGACUGCUGGCGGGUCAUGAUCCAUGUCGUCUGAAUCAUGCGGCCGACUGACACGUUUGUGCCAAAAUCAAAAUAACUACUCCCCUGAACGUUGGGCCAGAUGCGGAGAGGGUUUGACUUCCACAUCCGUCACACAUCGUGGAGUCCUUGCAAUGGGGACAAGCCAAUUUGUUCUUUUUCUCUGAGAUGACAUGUCAGACGACCACUUUCACUCCUUCACGCUGACACUCCUUUUCGUUCCUCUUCAUCCCCUUGUACUGUAUACUGUUUUUCCCUCUUCCUUUUGGCCCCUUCUUUAUUCAGAUGUUAGAGGUGAUUUGAAACUGUGGCUCCUAUUAUGCUGACGCUUUUUAACAACCUGUCUUUUCCUCUUUUUCUUCUUUCUCUCUCUCUCUCUCUCUCUCUCUCUCUCUCUCUCUCUCUCUCUCUCUCUCUCUCUCUCUCUCUCUCUCUCUCUCUCUCUCUCUCUCUUUCUCUCUCUCUCUCUCUCUCUCUCUCUCCCCUUUUCCAUAUCCCUCUCUCUCUCUUUCUCUCCCCUCUCCUUUUCUCUCAACUGUAGAUAAAGAUCUGACUCCCACCUGACUGCCUCCACUCCUCUAGUCCGCCCCCUCUUUCUCUGCCUGUCCUGUCGACACAGCUCCCCUUCCUCCCAGUGAUGCUCUCGUCGCUGAGCUUGGCUGUAAAUUAGCCCUCUGCCGAGCUCCACGUAUGUACGAGUGAAAGCCUAACCCACAUACAGCACCGUCCCAGAGCACGCCCUUUAGCCCACCGCAGCAGACAAACACGACGCACAAAUGGACACCCAUAACUGCCCAGUGCUACUCCCAUAGGCUUGACUGUUUUUUUCCGCCCGCCCCCGCUCCGUCCCCACCUGAUUGGAGUGCACGGAUGGACUUGAGACAGGCCGAGAGGACCUGAGAGAUUCCCUCUGUGCUUUUUAGUCCUGGGUUCGAACGUCGCUGCGUCAGGUCAGUUGAUUCAACCUCGUCCCAUUCGGGUCUAAUGGAGGUGCCGUUGGCGUCAGUUCCCAGAGGUCAGGCAGGGUUAUUUCUGGCUCCGUGAGACAGUACAGGCUUACUGUAACAGUUGCACACAGCUGAACUGGGGGUGGGGGAAGGGGCCCUCUGUUUGUGUCUGUCUUUCCGGUGAUUUGUGACUGAGAGACCUUGAAAUGAUGUCACUCCAACAGUUAGUGGUGGACAUCCUCAGGCGGCGGGUUCUGUGCCACAGGGUUAUUUUGGGUACCCGUUAGUCCUCCCCCUUCGGUACGUUUUUCUUCACCCUCAGUUAAUAAUUUAGCACGCCCUGGUAACUAAAGCUCUCUCUCUCUCUCUCUCUCUCUCUCUCUCCCUCUCUCUCUCACUCUCUCUCUCUCUCCCUGUUACUCUCUUACUCUGUGUUCUUAAGGAGCCCUAUGUUCCCCUAUAGUGUACACAGCACAGCGCACUCUCUUAAGCUGCUUCUUAUCAGAAAGACAGACCCCCGUUCUUUCAUCCCUUAGAACUGACUUAUAGUUGCCCCAAUUACCCAACCUACGAAGCCCCCUCUCUCUCUCAUCUACCAGUGCCCGCCCCCUCUCUGCUGGUUGGAACGCCAUCACGCUCUAUUCCGCCCCCUAUUGACGAGGGAAGGACUCAACGAGUUCCCACGGAAGAUAAACAGAAUGUUUAAUUUAGCUCGCUCUCUGCCAGAUGCGACAUUUUCGGCGCAUGUUUUUCAUGUAUGUGUGUAUUUAGUGACGCAGUCAAAUAAGGAUUGUUUGAGAGUAAACUGUUACUAUACUUGUUAUCAUAAAUAAAGUUAUUGGGCAGACAUGUGUCCAUAAAACACGUAGAGAGCAUGUUUGAAAGAGGCAGUUAUACAUGCAGAAUUUUAUCUGUCAUAUUUCUGUUUUUAGACAAGGUGGAGGUGGUCUGUGUGGCUAUUUUAGUUUUGUGUACACUAUAUGUGCCCAGGUGAGGAAAGAAAUUGUGUUUGUCACACAGGGUAGAUGUUUGCAUACUGGGCUACACUGUCAGGGUAGAAGAUGAGAAUGAUACCGUUAGGUCGACUUUUAGAUGAGGCCGCGGUGUGAUUGGACAAGGCCAGACUCCGCGGUGUGAUUGGACAAGGCCAUAUUGCCUGGUCCGAGCUUUGAAGAGAGCGACUACUACCAGGUGUUAACCCCAGCCAAGUGGCCAUAUGUAUUACUGUAGAUACGGUCCUCUCUCCACACUGCUUUCUUUCAAGACCUAUUUCGAGACACAGAUAGUUUACAACCUGGAUGCUUGACUCUGAGGGCGGUUAACGUAAGGGGAAUGUGGACUGUGUGUGAACAGGAAAGGUGCUAAAACACACGCAUAUCCAAAAUAAUCCAUUUCUGGGUGAUGGAACCAUCUGGUAGUCUGGAAUGGUUAGAAUGUGUAUCGUAUCUCUAUUUUUACGCGUGUUGCCACACAGACGUCUGACAUGAGACCAACAGCUCAUACCAAAUGUCUUCCCCCCCAAAAAUGUGUUGUAUGUAAUGUGUAUUGUGUGAAAGAUUGUGAGAUAACAUCCAUUUUCUUUGAAAUGUCACGCUUCUCAAACGGGUUUAUAUUUCCUUUAAUGCUUAGAAUGGAUGUGCACUAAUACAAGAUGUUACGUACGAUUUGUUGUAAAGAGAAAGUAAAUAAAAACAUUUAAGCCAACGCUAUGUCAAUUGUAAAAGGAAAACCAAAUAAACCUACAUUAAAGUGU